AUGGCGCCCGCGUCGCCCGCGCCCAACACGCCCGCGGAGCUCCCCGCGGACCUCGCCGCGGCCCUGCAAGCCUUCGCCGACUCCGAGGAGCGCACGGGCUCCGUCGCGUGCCCGAAGACGCUCACGCCGGCGGAGCGCCACGCCGUGCACGUCUUCUGCGAGGCGCACUCGCUCUCGUCGUCGAGCAGCGGCCGCGACGCGGAGCGCUUCGUGACGGUCACCGACGGCCCGCGCUUCGACGGCCGCGCCUGGGCGCAGCAGACCCUCGCGGCCCUCGCCGUGGAGCAGCGGAGCGAGACCGACGAGCUCGAGGCGACGCUGAAGACGCUGUCGGCCGCCGCGUGCGCGCGGCGCGGCGUCUCCGUGCUGCACCUGCGCGUCGCCGAGGUCGACGCCGCCGGGCCCGGGGGCCGGAGCCGCGUCGUGCUGCAGGCGGCGCACGGCGGGCCCAUCCCCGCGCACAAGCUCGGCGCGCGGUCCGAGGUCCGGCUCCGAGCCAAGAAGAACAAGGUCCCCGCCGCCGGGCGGCGCCUCGACGGCGACGGCGACGACGUCUCCGAGGUCUCCGGCGUCGUCUCCAAGGCCACGGACGCGUCCAUCGAGUUCCUCACGGACGCCGCGCCCGAGGCCGUCGAGUCGCUCCGGGGCUCGCUCCGCCUCGACGCCGUCGCGAACGCGCGCACGCACGACGUGCUCGCGCGCGCGGCGCGCGACGUCGCCGCCGCCGCGGCGCACAAGGCCGCGCCGGACGGCACGCGGGCCCUGCGGGACGCGCUCCUCGGCGGCCGCGCGCGGCGGCCGCCGCCGGCGCUUCUUCAGCCGUCUUCGGCGCCCCAUCUCGACGACCACCAGCGCGCGUGCGUCGCGCGCGCCGAGGCCGAGCCCGCGCUCUUCCUGGUCCACGGCCCGCCGGGCACGGGCAAGACGACGACGGUCGUCGAGGUCAUCGCGCGCGCCGCGGCGAAAGGGCAGCGCGUCCUCGCGUGCGCGGCGUCGAACGUCGCCGUCGACAACCUGCUCGAGCGCGUCGCGGCGGCCUUCAGGGCCGCCAAGUCGCCGCGGGGCCUCCUGCGCCUCGGCCACCCCGCGCGGCUCUCCGAGGCGGCGAGCCGCUACUCCAUGGAGGAGGUGCUGCGGACCGCGGACGGCGCGGACGUGCUCGAGGACGCGCGCGCCGAGCUCCGAAAUCUACGCAAGGACGCGGCCGCGGACCGCGCGUCCGCGAAGCGCACGGCCGCGCGCCGGGAGACGCGCGUCGUGCGCGCCGAGCUGCGGGACCGCGAGAAGAAGCUCGCCAAGGACGUCGUCAAGCGCUGCGCCGUCGUCUUCAGGGCAGGACAAGAGAGCGAAAUUCCCAACUUCAAAGCCUCAUAUCUCGGCCGUUUUCCACUCGUCGUCUUCGCGACGAACGUCGGCGCGGCGUCGCGGCUCCUCGACGACGCGCCGCCCUUCGAUCUGGUCGUCGUCGACGAGUGCGCGCAAGCGUUAGAGAUCAGCUGCUGGAUCCCGCUCUUGCGAGGCAAGCGCGCCGUCCUCGCCGGCGACCACCGGCAGCUCGCGCCGACGGUGAAGUGCGACGACGGCGACCCGACCAACGCGCCCGCCGCCCUACUCAAAGCGACGCUCUUCGAGCGGCUCAUGGACGACCGGCGCCCGGGACGAGGGGAAGCGCACAUCAGCCUCCUCUUGGCGACGCAGUACCGCAUGCACGGCGACAUCUCCGAGUGGGCGUCCGCGGCGACGUACGACGGGCGCCUGCGGGCCGCGCCGUCGUGCGUCGCGCGCGACCUCUACGCGGGCUCCUUUCUCCCGCCGCCCGUGAACCCCGACGACGCGAUCCGGCCCAUGGUCCACGUCGACACGGCGGGCCUCGGCUUCUUCGACGACUCGGACGCGAAGACGCGCGACGACGCGGACGAGCACGGCGCUGCGUCCGUCGCGAACCCGCGCGAGGCGGCCGUCGUCGCGUCGCACGUGGCCCUGCUCCUCGCGGCGGGCCUCGACGCGGCCCAGAUCUGCGUCAUCGCGCCCUACAACGCCCAGGUCGCGGCCCUGCGCGGCGCGCUCGAGGGCACGGGCGUCGAGGCGCGGACCGUCGACGGCUACCAGGGCGGCGAGCGCGACGCGGUCGUGCUCUCGCUCACGCGGUCCAACGAGGCGCGGGCCGUGGGCUUCCUCGCCGACGAGCGGCGCCUCAACGUGGCCGUGACGCGCGCGCGGCGCCACGUGGCCGUCGUCUGCGACGCGGACACGGUCCGGUCGAGCCCGUUCAUCGCCGCGCUCCUCGACCACGUCGCGGACGCGGGCGACUACGUCUCCGCGAGCGCCUACGAGGACGGCGCGCCGGCGCCGACGCCCCUCGAGCCAAGCACAACAACAGCCACGACGGCGCCGGCGGAGAAGCGCGCGGCGUUCGUCGUUUCGAACAAAGGCGACACGGUCUCGCUGUCGUUCCGCGAGCUCGACGCGCUGGAGACGGCGACCUGCGAUCGCGGCUCGGGCCCGACGAUCGGCGAUGUGAUCGCUUUAGCAGCGCAGCACGGCGGCUUCGACGGCGCGGCGCGGGCGGUCUUUUACGCGGGCAAAGACGUCGUCCUCGAAGAUUUGGACAUCUCCGGCGCGGUCCUCGUCGUGCGUCGGCCCGACGGCGCCGUCGUCCCCGACGACGAGGGUCCGUACCUGGUCGCGCUCGGUGCUCGGUGCGAGCGCUGCGGCCGCCUCGCGCUCAAAGAGGCGAAGGAGGAGGCGAAGACGGAGAAGGCCUCGCCCGCCUCGUCUUCGCCUCCGACGGCCUCCGAGGAGAAGGCUCGCACCUCUUCCGCGUGCCUGUCGCUCCGCGUCGUCUUCGCCGGCGCGACCUACGACGUGCCCUUCUCGCGGGCCUUCUCCGUCGGCGAGCUCAAAGCCGCGAUAGCCUCGGCGACGGGCGUCGACGCCGAGCGGCAGAAGCUCGUCUGCCGGGGCAGCUUCGGCGACGCCGCCGCCCCGCUGUCCGCCGCGGCCCCGGCGCUCGUCGACGGCGCCAAGGUCGUGCUCCUCGAGGCGCCGCGGGCCGAGGACGUGCCCGAGCCGCCGAAGCCGCGGACCGGCAAGCACGCCGCGAAGAAGGCGAAGAAGAAGGCCCGCGCCGAGGCCCUCGCCGCCGCCGAGGCCGCGGCGCCCGCGGCCCCGCCGCCCGCGCCGGCGCCCAAGCCACCGCCGGCACCGGAGACGAACUCGCUCCUGAAGCAGCUCGCGCGCGAGCGCGCCGCGCGCGCCGCGCCGCCGCCGAAGCGGAAGCCCGCGUCGACCGCCGCGUCCUCGGCCGACGCCGACGACGACGCGCUGCUCAAGGCGGCGAUGAAGGCCAACGCCAAGGCGAAGAAGGCCGAGCCGGACUGGAAGCGCUGGGUCGACACGGACGGCAACAUCCGCGGCAACGACGCGCACUCGCGGCAGGCGGAGCGCGACCGCGCGGCGCUCCUGGAGAAGGCGCGCAAGGCCAAGGAGGACAAGGGCCGCAAGGGCAAGAAGCUCACCAAGGCCCAGCAGGCCGACGCGAAAUAA